AUGCCUUCAGCCAACGGCUCCGUUGCGCUCGCAUCGCGUUCACCUCCAAUCGUCUUGUCCCCAGCCUUUGCCGACGUGUCAGGUUCCUCGUCCAACCAUGCUCGCAAUGGAAAGGCCCCCAUGACCAACGGCACCAGCAAAAUCUCUACUGCAAGCCACCGUAUCGGAGACUUAACGGAACUCCUCAUCGACGUCAAGGCGCUCACCAAGCUGUGCAACCUGGGCGCAUCAGAAGCCGCUCAGCUCGGAGCCUUUCUCGUCGACAGCUACAAAAUCCUGAAUGAACAGCAAACCCGCCGCAUCGCAGCCGCCGCAAAGAUCAUUGACGAAGUCGAGACUAUGAAACAGGCACACAACCUUCUCGACAACAACGUCGUCAACCACUACGACCGCUUCGUCCGUGAACUGGAGGAAGCCGAGACUGCCAUGUACGACGGACACAAGAUAGUUAUGUACAUAGAUGCCACAAAGAGCAUCAGGUUGGCCCGGGAGAACGCCGAUUUCGCCAAGAAUCUGCGCACAAAGAUCGAGAGGUUGGAUGAUGAGUACAAGGCUAAAAAAGACGAGAUUGUGGCUGCGAGGGAUGAGAUGAUUGAUAUUAUGUAUGGUGCUGUUAUGCGGUGCGUCGUGGUGGGUCCUGGUGCUGUCGAGAGUGAGAAUGAUAAGGGUAGGUUGUUGAGUUCAUUCUUGCGCUGA